AUCGAGGACAGAAGAGGGCUUCUCAACGGUCUCUUGAUAUUCGAUAUCCUCCUUCAGUCUGGUGGAAUACGAGAUGCUCACCUGCUGUACCCACCAAGGGACCCAGAGUCGCUCUCCCUGCUACUCGAUGCUAUAACAAACUCCACGUAUGACAGCCUCAAAAAGGACUGCCUCGUGUACUUCUUGAUCAAGUGGCAUGAAUUCAAGAUAGACGGCUCAGGCGGGGAUAGGAUAAGGGAAGAGAUGUUUGUACAGGAACGGUGCAUUCCACCUCAGUUCGUGCUCCUCGCGGACGCGUACUGGUAUUUCGAUACAGGGUCGGACGUCGAACGCGGUGUAUCUAUCCUCUCUGAUAGGCGUCUCAACAAGGAUUACGCGUCAAAGAUCAUGCAAACCAUCGCCCUCAGCCAGAAUCCUGCACCCUUGAUCGUCAAAUACAUCCGAACCGCUCGACCACUCCUGACGGAGCCCCCCGACUUGAACUUAUAUACCGAAGCGCUUCUCGCUGGGUCAAGCAACGGUGUUUUGGACGCGUGGCUUUUCCAGCGGACGUUCCCCGAUUGCAAUGAAAUGAAGGCGCGGCUCGUUCGAAUAAUCAUCGAUUGGUGCUUGACACGUGAGCGUGCACAUCCCUACACCGCUUUCUCGAGCUUGACAUCUCUACUCUCCAGCCAAACCGAAAGCGGACGCGCUGAAAACCCUGCUCUCCUUGCCGUUCACGCCUUCAGAACAAGCGACGGUAGAGGAAUUCGCCGUUUCGCCCCCCUCUGA